AUGUCAACAUCGGGCAACUGUUCCUGCAACACCUGGGACCUGGUGCUUCCCAACCUUCACUUGUGUCCGACGACCCCCCUAAGGCAUCGUAUUUUCACCACGACGAUGGGAGUCAUCAACAUUUCCAACCUCGUGGUCAUCGUUGUCUGUAACGUGCUCGUUGUGGGAAACCUCCUGAAGAUGCGGGUGAGUCGCCACCUUCCUUCGGACCACCACAGGAACAACUUCAGGUUCAGGGGCGGCUGGGACCACGAACUUCAGAUGGUUCUUGUGCUCUUGGCCAUCACCUGCGUGGCGAUCGUGUCGUGGGGGCCGCUUGAUACCAUCCUGGUAACCAACCAGUUCUGGCCGCCACACCUGAAGCCCGGAGACCACAUGGGCGAGUUGCAGGCCGUUCGACUUGCAUCCGUCAACCAGAUCGCCGACCCUUGGAUAUACAUCAUCGUGCGGGUGGUCAGUUUCAAUUUUUUUUUGUUGUUGUUGUUGUUUUGCUUUCUCCUGCGUGGAUGGUGGGAGCCUGAUGCAUGGGCAACAGCUUGCUUCCCACAUUCUUUCACCCAGGCACAGACUCUACCCAUACGGGAGUCGGUAGAGACAAUAAUACCAUAG